AUGAAAGAAUGGGAUGUUGUCUUUAACAAACCAAGAGCAACAAUAGUUUCAGAACAAGAAUGUAAACAGAAACUUAAGAAAAUAAAAGUCGUACAAGUUGGCAUGAAGAUGUUAGAUGCUUGGGAUAUCUUAUUGUCAAAACUUGAAGAUUUUUCAGUUCGUGGUAUAAAGUUUUAUACACCUUCUCCAAACUUCUAUUCUAUCUUCACUGGAUAUAAAUACGAACAAGUAGAAUGGAAAGAAAAUAUUAUAGAAGCUUGGUUAGACCAUGUCAAAGAAAUUAUAUGCAAUGGAAACGAAAGAGUCUAUGAGUAUAUCUUAUGUUGGUUUGCAAACAUCUUACAACAUCCAAGUGCUAAAAAUGAAACUGCUCUCAUUAUAAUUGGAAAACAAGGAACAGGUAAGAACACUUUCUUUACAGAUAUUUUGUGCAAACUGUUAGAAGGUUAUUCGAACCCGAAUAUGACAAACUUAGAAAACAUCUGCGGUAAAUUUAACUCUUCAAUAGAGAAUAUGAAACUUAUAGUAUGUAACGAACUUCAAAGUAUAGAUACAACAAAAAUUUUGAACUCAGAUGCUUUGAAGAGUCUUAUAACAGACAAAGUUGGAGUUGUUGAAAGAAAGUAUAAAGACCAAAGAGUUUGUGAAAAUGUUGCAAAUUUCAUUAUGGUUUCAAACAAUGCUGUUCCGAUGAAGUUAGAAAGUUCUGACAGAAGAUAUGUAGUUGUCAGAACGUCAGAUUCUCAUAUGCAAGAUACAGAAUAUUUUGACGACUUAGCAGAAACUUUGACACCUGAGUUUUACAACCACUUGUUCUCAUAUUUCAUGACAUUAGAUAUUUCUAA